AUGCCAUUGCAAAGCAAGAGAACAGUCAAGGUCCAUGAGAUCCCCCCCGGAACUUUGGAAGCCCAAUACCUUGCCUUCGUUGAGCAUCUCUGUACGAAGCCGCAGAAGACCUCCAGGUUUCGCUUAUCUCGGGUUGCUAAGCACUUCAGAGGAAAGUCCAAGUCAGAUGCAUCAACCUCCGCAUCAACGGAUGAGGUAGACGAAAACGCAAAGUGGAAGGAUGAAGCUGAUCUAGCCCCGCCACCCCCAACUCCAAAAGGUGAAGGGGAGCAAGCUGCGCCGCUCCUCAACAAUUCUCAGCCGACUGCAAAGGGAUGGAAAGAAACCACGUUCUGUUUCCAAAACGGUCAAUCAGUUGGGACGAUCUCCUUUGAGAAUGAGUUCCUCAAGAAUGAAGCUUUAGCACGACAUGAGAAAGAUAAUAUGUCGUGUUGGAAAGACUGGCUUGUCGAGGACAAUUUCAAGGGAGUCGCUAUUCUUUAUGAAGGGCCCGAUGCAAAGUUUGACAUCUGCGCGGUUCACGGGCUGGGCGGCAAUGCUAUUGACACCUGGACCGCCGACAGUGGUAAAAUGUGGCUUAGAGACUUCCUACCAGAGCAUGAAAGUUUCAAAGACAGCCGCGUGAUGACUUUUGGUUAUGACUCGGACCUAACGGACAGAAGCACUGUUAUGGAACUAGAGAACUGGGCGGAGACUCUUCUGCAAUCACUGAACGAAGUGCGAACUAGCGAAAAGGAGAAAGAACGUCCGUUGCUCUUUGUAUCUCACUCGUUAGGAGGGUUGGUUGUACGAAAGGCCAUGGCACGGCUGCAUCUAACACCCAACUGUCAGAACAUCAAGCUUUCGCAGAGUGGCAUCGUCUUCCUAGCUACGCCGCAUAGUGGAUCAACAAAGGCUGAUUGGAGUAACUUUUUGGUAGCUACCGCACAUACAAUCGGAGGCGUUAGAGCAGAGACAGUCAGAACACUACAAUCGUUCAACACGGCUUCCGUUUGGGAUACGGCAGCAUUUCUCAAUCUUGAACCAUGCCCGCCCUUUCGAUGCUUUGCAGAAGGUCUCAAAAUGCGGGUGAAAGGCACGAACCAACAUAUUGUGACACAGGCAUCUGCCACUCUUGGCAAGCACCAGGCGCACAUGAUCAUGGAUGUUGACCAUAGCUCAAUCUGCAAGUUCAAGUCGAGACUGGGAGCCCUUGUUACGGUUACUAUGGCACUACGAGAGUUACUCAGUGGGGUGACCACUGGUGGCGUACAGCAACCGAAAGCUCAACCAGACCGCCGUAUGUUUGGCCAGCCUCGCUUCCUUGCCCAUGCAUAUCCGCCCGAUCGAGGUUUCUGGUGGGAGGGCACCGAACUGAACGAGAUUCAACAUCAGCUCACAUCGACAAGACCUUUCUUCGGGCGAUCGAAGGAGUUGAGUACUCUUGAAUCGUCAUUAGCUACAAAUGGCACGCGUCCGAGUCUUACUGUAGUGAAGGGUAUUGCAGGAAUAGGUAAAACCGAGCUACUUCUUCAAUUCGCAGCUACGCAAAGAGGCCGCAGGAAUGUCUUCUUCUUAGGGUCUCAAGACGGAGAGACAAUUGACAGUGUACUUUCCAAGCUGUCAACGAGAAUUGGUUUCGACAUGAUCGAGGGUCUGGCCGAGAAUCAGGAAAGGUGGAGAAGCACUCCAGUCGCUGAGCGCGUUCAGAUCUUCAUCGCGUGGCUGGGAGAUACGUGUAACAAAGACUCGAUAUUCAUCAUCGAUGAUAUUGAAGCCUUUGGAUACUCCAAAAUCCCAGUCAUCUUGAGGUACCCGGCACAACACGUCUUGAUUUCGACUCGAGACUCCAACUUGAUUCGAGCGGACCGAGUCUUUCGAGAGCUCCGACUGUCUCCCCUGGGACACGAUGAUACAGUAAGAAUCCUUCAAAGCACACUCGAAAGUCUCUCUGCAAACCCGGCCUUUUGGGAUAGUCUUGGUUCUAUUGCUUGUAGAAUUCAAGGCCAUCCUCUUGCAGCUCGAAAUGCAAUUCCAUUCGCAAUGCAGCAUCUGGCAACCUACGAGAUUCCCACCGCCGCGUUCUCAGAGCUCUUCGAGAGUCAGGAUCCCGAAGAGCGCAAAAUAUUUCUCGAGUUCAAUUUUGAAGGUAGAUCACUAUGGGAGGCCUUUGAUACCUCUCUGGAGCGUCUCGAGCUACAAGAGAACUCCCAAAGCGCGGCCAACCUUCUCCAAAUACUUCCAUUCUUGUCUUACGCCAAUGAUUGUGUGGAUGACUUUUUGAAGAUGGACAAGCGUUGGCUACUUGAUUGCGAGAAAGAGCUACCAGAUAUAGCGGUGCUUAAGUCUGGCUACACUGUCAUGUCGAGCUGGCUAUCGAAGCUGCGUGGUGUCUCGUUUUAUGUCCAGAGUGGCUCAUCCAAUCACAACAAAGCACUUAACAUACAUCCUCUUAUGUUGCAGUACAUGUUGUUACGUCUAGAUGAGCGGAGAAGAGUGGGUCUCAUCAGACAAGUCUUGCACCUGUGCCACGCUUUGGUGGAUAGAGAGAAGGAGCGAGAAGCACAGAUCAAGCCGCAUGUUCUCCAUUGCGUCCAAGUCUGUCGAGGACUGGGGAUCUUACUGGAUAGCUUGGGACUACCUGAAAGCACAAGGAGGUGGGUGAAAGGCUUACUCCAGGCGCAAGUAGAGGUGGGAGAAGAUCCAUUCGGUGACCCUAUCGACUUGUCGUCUGCAGCAGUAGACGAGUUUGUCAAGACCUGUACGGAGACGAGAGAGAGGCUUAAGCAAGAAAGGAACUCCUUGGUUGAUGAGAAUACCACGACUAAGAUGCUGAUGAAUUGUUUGAGGGCUUGGAGGGUGCUGAGAUGCUCGCUAGAACAGCCGGAAGAAAUAGCUGACUAUCUCAAGCCUACCGUUUUGGAUGCGAUCGAGUUACUUCAAGGGAUGGUUAGAUUGCGCAACAUGUAUCCGGAUAUCAUUUCAGAGCUUGAGGCAUUUCGAGCUAGUUUGGGUGAAGCUGGAGAACCCCCAUGA